UGAACCCUCUGUCGAGUAACCAGCGAAGCUGAGUUUAAAUUUAUCCUCGACGCUCCAACGCUUAAACAACAACAUAACCUGUCAGCUUAUUUACUAAUCACUAUUUUUAUUUAUAUCAUUUACAAUAACAGUAACGAGUUUAUUUAAUUCAAUUGAUGUCAUAUUUAAAUUCCUGAUUUUUUUUUACCGCCAAGUUAUUUUAUAAAAAUGUUUGAGGCGCACAAUCUGUACGCGGAGCACAAGGAUCUGAUCCAUGAUAUUGCCUAUGAUUAUUAUGGCCAGCGUAUGGCAACGUGUUCUAGUGAUCAAUUUGUUAAGGUCUGGGACGAAGACGAUCAAGGCAACUGGCACUUGAGCGCAUCAUGGAAAGCGCACAGUGGUUCUGUUUGGAAAGUAACCUGGGCACAUCCAGAGUUUGGACAAGUAUUAGCAACUUGUUCUUUUGAUCGUACUGCAUCUGUUUGGGAAGAAAUCGUUGGUAGAAGUUCUGGACCAAAUGAACGCGGCAUGCGUCACUGGAUACGACGAACGAAUCUAGUGGAUUCGCGAACGUCUGUGACAGACGUUAAAUUCGGCCCUAAAACAUUAGGAUUAAUAUUAGCAACAUGCAGCGCUGAUGGUGUAAUUAGAAUUUAUGAAGCACCGGAUGUUAUGAAUUUGAGCCAAUGGACUCUGCAGCACGAUAUCAAUUGCAAGCUCGCUUGCAGUUGUAUCUCCUGGAACCCAUCAAUGUCUAGACUCCACCCGCCAAUGAUUGCUGUCGGGAGCGACGACACUAAUGCUGCGGCAGGCGGCAAAGUCUUUAUUUACGAGUACUCCGAAAAUAGCAGACGCUGGACGAGGACCGAAACGAUAUCGAACGUCGUCGAGCCCGUCCACGAUAUCGCUUUCUCCUCGAACCUCGGCAGGAGUUAUCAUACCCUAGCCAUUGCCACCAAAGAUGUUCGGAUCAUAACUCUGAAGCCUAUUCAGGAUAGCGCCCAAAACGGUCUAUCACGAUUUGAAAUAACGACGGCCGCACAAUUCGACGAUCAUUACUGCACCGUUUGGCGCGUCUGUUGGAACACAAUGGGAACUAUUUUAGCCAGCUCCGGGGAUGAUGGAUGUGUAAGGCUAUGGAAAGAUAAUUAUAUAAAUAAUUGGAAGUGUGUUGCUGUGUUAAAAGGCGACGGUACUUCAACACUGAGUACCGAAGUAUCCCAGAGCGGAACACCACCUGGACAAUCAAAUAACACACAAUUGCCAUUAUCAACAACAAGGUACUAUAAAUUGGGAUCUAUUAGUCAUCCGAAUCAGGUUCCGUGGCAUUAAUUUACGGAUUAUUUAUUUUUACACCGUAAUAUUUUUUUUCUUUUUUAAUUAUUUUUACUUUGCGCACUAAUUAGUAUAAAAUGAUGAUAAGUAAAAUCAACAAUUGUUAAACUGGAAUUGUACACAAGUUAAAGCUGUAAAUUUAUAAUAAUAAUAAU